GACAUCAUCAAAGUUCCGAUUGGAAAACAGCGAAUAAGUGACCGAUAUGAAAUCCUUUAGCGGAGGUCUGUUCUUUGCCCUUCUGGUGGGAGCCAGUUGGGCAGCUCCCCAUGGUGGACACGCCACCAGCUACAGUUCGGUGACCAAGCACGAAGGACCCGUCCACAAGAGCCUGGGCUACGGAUACGAUCACGAUGUGGUCAGCGCUUACGGUGGCAUCUACGGACACGGCUAUCCGAGUGUCGGCCAUUCGGGCUACGGAUACGGAUACGACAAGCACGAGCCCCAUCACUAUCCCAAGUACCAAUUCGACUACGGCGUCAAGGAUGCCCACACCGGAGACCAGAAGAGCCAGUGGGAGACGCGGGAUGGCGACAAGGUCAAGGGCAGCUACUCCCUCAAGGAAUCGGAUGGCACCACCCGAGUGGUGGAGUACACCGCCGAUGACCACAAUGGCUUCAACGCAGUGGUAAAGAAGCUCGGCCACGCCCACCACCCCCAGGUCUACCACAAGGGCUACGGACACGGCGAUAUCUACGACGCCGACUACGGCUACGGUCACGAUGUGGCGCAAUAUGGCGGAUACGGAUACGGACACGGAGGCCACGCCAGUAGCUACGUAAGCGUGAAGCAGCUGCACUAAGCAACCAAAAUGCGGACUCACCCGGCGAAAACGAUCUGGAAUCAUCAUUAGUUAACAAUGCAACGAACUUACCUAACUAAAGCCAACUUUUUACAAGUGUAGUAUUGACGAUAUUUAUAUUUGUAUUG